AUGUGUCAAGAAUUCAUCACCAUCGCUCUCUGUGCCCCCUCCAAGGCACCCUCGCUCUCCUUUACCUGUGGGCAACUACACAUGGUUGCGGAGCGUCGCCAUGUUUGCGACCGCGCUCGAGGCGCUUGCGUGUGCUUCUUUGGCACUUGCGGCACCAUCGAGAAGAACAUCAGCACCUGCGGUAUUGACCUUUCUGCCGUCGAAAAGAUCCGCUGCACGGAGUGUACUGCUCGCGAAGACAACGUUGGCGACCGACGAGAUGCCAAACAAAUCAUCGAGUCACCCCUUCUUCAGCGUAUUCCCAUCGAUCCCAAAGAUGAUUUUGUCAGCAAGAAGCACUCGGCUAUGCUGCAAGAUCUUUGGGGCGGUGCGAGCACCUGUCCCUUCCACCUUCAACCAGAAAUGCCUCGCCAACCCUCCAUCUCCGCCGCCAACGUCCAAGCCAAGCGCUCCGACGAGCGACCCGUCACGCCCAAGAGCAACGAUGAGUCUGUCAGCAAGUCUCACUCCAUGAGCCACGACACUGUCGACAACGGAUGGACCUCCCAGGUUGCGACCAACAGCCCCAAGGACAAGGUCUCACGCAAGUCCAGUGCGUCCCCUACUGGAAUCGCUAGUGUGGACUCAGUCGUCGGACUGAAGUCGAGUCGAUGGGCCCCGAAGAGCCCCGAGGAGUCGGUCGAGCGUGCCGUCAAGAAGCAACCUUCCCCCCCACAGAAGCCAAUUGUCCCAGCUCCGGCUCCUGUCUUCGUCGCCGACCCUGGCAAUGCUUCCAAGGUUCGCCACGCCACCAAGAAGAUGGCCAAUGUCAAGGCAUUCUUGAGUGGCACCCGCAUGCUUUGA